CGCCGCCUACCCUAAAACCGGGGGAUCGCGGCGCACGCAAACGACGGGAUCGCGGCGUACAAAGACCUCCGAAACUUUAAUCUUUCUCCUCCUUGCGAUCCGCUCGUACCAGAAAGCAGUCCUCUUUCCUUUCCCACUUCCGCUUCUCAAAAUCCCGUAAACCUGUCUUCCAUACGGUUUUACUAAAUCCUGGAUUCAAGGCAAAACAGGAUGCUGUAGGAUUUAAAGAUGCCAUUUUUGCUGUUUGGCAGGAUUUAGGCUAAAUCCUGCUCAAAUACUACCACCAAGGAGCCCGUUAGGAUUUUGUCCUCCUUAAAUCCUAGUUAAGGUACUAAACAGCCCAUUUACGUCUGGCUCAGAAUUAUAGCUAACAUGGCAGAAGAUGGAGAUGAAAGGACCUUUAAGAGUUUGGGUGUGUGCGAACAAUUGGUCGAAACUUGUGAGAGUUUGGGGUGGAAAACCCCAUCAAAGAUUCAGGUGGAGUCGAUUCCUCAUGCCCUUGAAGGAAGGGAUGUAAUUGGACUUGCGCAAACAGGAUCAGGCAAGACUGGAGCUUUUGCCCUUCCAAUCAUCCAAGCUCUUCUUGAGAAGCCACAACCAUUCUUUGCUUGUGUACUGUCUCCAACUAGAGAGUUGGCGAUCCAAAUUUCUCAACAAUUUGAAGCAUUAGGGUCUGAAAUUGGUGUGAAAUGCUCGGUGCUUGUUGGAGGUGUUGACAUGAUGGCACAGGCCAUUUCCCUAGCAAAGCGUCCUCAUAUUAUAGUAGCUACUCCUGGACGUUUAUUGGAUCAUCUUUCAAAUACAAAAGGUUUUAGCCUUCGCAUGUUGAAGUACUUGGUUCUAGAUGAGGCUGAUAGGUUGCUCAACAUGGACUUUGAAAAGGCUAUUGAUGAUAUUCUUAAAGCUAUUCCCAGAGAACGCAGGACAUAUUUGUUCUCAGCAACUAUGACAAAAAAGGUUGGAAAACUUCAGAGGGCUUGCCUUAAGAAUCCUGUAAAGAUUGAGGCAUCCUCCAAGUAUUCUACUGUUGAUACUCUAAAACAGCAAUUUCGUCUGGUACCUGCCAAGUACAAGGACUGCUAUCUUGUUUACAUUCUGACUGAGAUGUUUGGAAGCACAUCUAUGGUCUUCACUCGUACUUGUGAUUCUACAAGACUUCUGGCUUUGCUCCUCCGAAACCUUGGCUUAAAGGCGAUACCCAUCAGCGGUCAAAUGAGCCAGACAAAGCGACUGGGAGCAUUAAAUAAAUUCAAGGCUGGAGAUUGCAACAUUCUUAUAUGCACUGAAUGCACUGAUGUUGCUGAUGUUGCUAGUAGAGGACUUGACAUACCAACAGUUGAUUUGGUUAUAAAUUAUGACAUUCCCAGCAAUUCUAAGGAUUACAUCCAUCGCGUCGGCAGGACUGCUCGUGCUGGGCGGUCUGGAUUAGCCAUUUCAUUAGUAAACCAGUAUGAAGUGGAAUGGUACAUUCAGAUAGAACAGCUUAUCGGAAAAAAGUUACCUGAGUAUCCAGCGGAGGAGGCUGAAGUUUUAUUAUUAUUGGAGAGAGUUUCAGAUGCUAAAAGAAUAUCCCAAAUGAAAAUUAAAGAAAGUGCAGGGAACAAAAAACGGAGGAAGGGUGGGGAUGAUGAUGAUGAUGGUGAAGUUGAAAGGUAUGCCUUUAACACCAAGAAUGAAAAGACAUCUAAGAAAGGGAAAAGGUAGCUUUGAAAGAUCUUUGCACAUGAGGGGUUACAGUACUUCUAGUUCUUUUUUAAUCCUACUAUUCUUUUGGCUCUAUUUUAAUGGAGAUGCAACCCCAAUUUUGGUAGAGUUCUGUCAUUCGUCUCCGGCUUCCGUCAAUUGUAAAACGUUAGUUGGUAAUGUUUAUAGUUGAGACUGAGUAACUUAAGAAUUUAUAGUGAAGUUUAUUUUC